CACAGUCUUUCUGUAACUUCGACAUGAGGUUCACUUUGUUUGCUUUUGUGGUUAUCUUUGCUCUUGGCUUUUUGGGUCAGCAUCAAUCAAAUGCUGACUGUAAUGCCGCAACUUCAAAUCAUUGGAAGAAUGAUGACGACUUGGACGAAGGAAGUUGCCCGUCGAAAGAAACAGAUGAGAAUGAAUUCAAGGACACUGAUGAAGCAGAAUCGGAUAUUCGUAACAUUUUAAAUGACGAGCCGGAAACGGAAGUUCAGCAGCCUGUAUAUGUAACCAUAAUUAAAUUUAUUAAGUUUGUAUGGGAGUUUGUAAAAGCGUGGUGGAGCUGGCAAUAAUAAAGGCGAUAAGGCGAAUCUGCCAGCAGAGCCAAA